AUGAAUGAAUGUAUUGACCAGUAUCCUACAGACCUGGAUAUUCUUAUUAUAAAGGCAUGGGGACAAGGAUUUCUAGUAGACUCUUUUAUUAUUAUAAUUACUAUUACUGCAGCUAAUAUAAAAAAAGAGGUAUUCCUACACAGACUUAUUAUAGCAGAGGUAGAUUAUACUAUAUUUUUAGAGUAUAAAAUAUUCAUCUUUUUUUAUAUACCUGCUCAGGACUGGUAUCUUUUGGUUACAGCUAUUAUUAAUAUUUAUGCUAAUUUUGCCUUUUUUAAUUGGGGCCAGGUCUUAUAUACCACUACUCGGUUACUCAAGCUGCUGUUCCAGUGCAGUAUCCGAAUCUUCACUACCUGCUUUCUUCUAUAUGUCAUUCAGCGGGGCUAUGGGUAUUUGCUGGUUCAGUUAAUUUAUAUCAGCUCAUAUUUCGGCGUCAUACUUCUGUUUAUGGUGAUUUCCGUCGUGUUUGCGGUGGUGGAUAUGUGUAUAAUCCAGGUCAAGAAUUGCCUAGGCUACCCCCCGGGAAUGGAGCUAUUCUGGAAGGAGGCCACGCACGCUCGCGGUCGGAGCAUAAACCAGCUUGUAGAAUAUAUCCCCAAGAUGUUUAUCAAAUGCCCUGAGCCAGUAUGUCGUCCACCGGACAUGGUGUAA